CAAAACCAAUUGCAUAUAUAUAUAUAUAUAUAUAUAUACUCAUCUUCCCUCUCUGAUCAUCAAUACAAUACAAUACCUAUCUAAAAUUGACCGAACACAGCUCCAAUUCCUUCUUCCCUCAUCAAACAAGAGAACCCUACAACCAUGGCCGCACCAGACUCCUCAAAUACCCUCAAAAUUACAGUCCAAAGCAACCCUUCUCAGUCCCAACUCUCUCAACUUGGCAUCAAGUCUUGGCCCAAAUGGGGUUGCUCUCCGGGGAAGUACGAGCUGAAAUUUGAUGCGCAGGAGACGUGUUAUUUAGUGCGUGGGAGGGUGAAAGUUUACCCCAAGAACCCGCAAGGUGAAGUGGUGGAAUUCGGAGCUGGAGAUCUUGUGGUUUUCCCAAAGGGUUUAAGCUGCACUUGGGAUGUCUCCGUCGCUGUUGACAAGCACUACAAGUUUGAUGCUUCUUCUUCUUCAUCAUCAUAGUUUCUUUCAACAUUAAUAUGUAAUUAUUAGUAUUAUUAAUUCUUUAUUUAAAAAAAAACAAAAAAAAUUAUGGCCCUCGAUUGGAUUUUUUAUUCCAAAUUCUAUUAUAUUUUCUACUCCGUUAUUUAAUUCGUACGUCCUUUCAGUGCAAAUCGUAUUUCAUCUCCUACCCCGUUCAUUUAAAACACAUCACGUGUAUAAAUAUUUAUUUAGAGAAAAAAUUUAUACAUGUAGGGUGUGCAUGUUCAAUGAGUACAAAAAUUAUAUCAUGUUUUUUUUAAGGAAAAAA